GGUACGACGUACCCGUUUCGUGUAAAAAAAAACAUAUUUUAUCAAUUUCUAAAUGUAAAAAUCAUGUGUAGUGCGUUUUAAAUGUGUUUCACGUAUUCACCAACGCGAUAAUAGCGGCAAAGUGUAAAAAUGUGGAAGUGCGUCGUGUUCUUUUUGCUUUUUUGUGAUACCCAACUAUGCUUAGGACAUAAUGAAGCGGCGCAUCGCGGCCACGGUCAUACACACAAGUUGAGGAGACACCGAGCUGCCAAUGACAGCGCACUCCGGUUCGAGCCGGUGCCGUACGGCAAGAAGCUGGAGCUGGGCGGCGCCGGCAAGAUACACUGUAAGGUGGCCGGGGGAGUCGCGCCUGUUGUCAGCUGGUUUAGGAACGAAUCCGAUCCUCUACCCGCGGGUGUGACGUCGGCUAACGGCACGCUGCUUGUCGCGGAGGCGACACGCGACCUCGCCGGCGCGUAUACCUGUCGCGCGACUGACGGUGACCGCAGUAUCGAGAGUCGCGUUAAUGUGGAUAUUGUUGUGCUCCCCCGCGUGAUCGAGCCGUCGCGCGGGCAGCAGCUGCAUGUCGCUGUGGGCGGUCGCGCGACUCUCACAUGCCGCGCGACCGGCGACCCGCCGCCCGUCACGCACUGGGACAGGGGCGCGGCGCCGCUCGGUGCGGAUGGCGCUGAUGGCGAAAACACCAACACGACGUCAUCAAGGAUCACCGUACUCAACAACGGUUCAAUGUUGAUAACGAACGUGUCAAUGUCCGACGGCGGCCAGUACGGCUGCACCGCGGGCAGCGCCGCCGGCCUGCACCGGGAGGAGCUGACUCUGGUGGUGCAUCCCGCUGGCGAGGCGCUCCCCGAGGGAGGCGGCGUGGCGGGGCGCGCGGUGCUGGUGUCAGCGGCGGUGGCGGCCGCCUACAUGCUGCUGGUGCUGGCGCUCAUGCUGUACUGUCGCCGGCGUCGGCUGCGGCGGAGGGCGCGCGGAGAGAAGGAGGAGUUGGAGAUGUGCGAGGGUCGCGAGAAGCUGGUGGAGGGUGGUGAGGGUGGGGGAGAGGGGCAGGGCGGGGGCGUGGUCAGCGCCGCGGACAAGAAGCCCGCACAAAACGGCCGGCUCGUGCUGCAUGAUAAGGACAGCGGUCCGGACAACUCUGAGGUGUCUGGUGUGUCGCGCGUGUCGAAGCGCUCCGGGCAAUACGACCAGCUGUCUAUCCCGCGCUCGCUGCUCACAGAACAGAUCAUGCUCGGUCGCGGUGAAUUCGGCGACGUGUUACUCGCCAAAAUCGACAUCAACCAGCUGCGGCGGCUGCGGGGGGGCGCGGGGGGAGCGGGGGCGCCGGGGGCAGAAGGCGAGGUGCACAUGAAACCCGUGCUCAUGAAGUUACUGAGCACCACCGAUGAGACCCACCUGGCGGAGUUCCGUCGCCAGCUGGAGUUGUUCCGUGCGGCGCGGCACGAGCACGUCGCGCGCCUGUUCGGGCUGUGCACCGACAGGGAGCCGCACGCGCUCAUGCUCGAGCAUACUGAUUGGGGUGAUCUAAAAUCGUUCCUGUUGGCGACGCGCACGCCGCCGGACUCAAUGUCGGGCGGCGACGUGACACCGGCGGCGCCGCUCGCGCCCGCACACCGCCUGCUGCUGGCCGCGCAGCUCGCCGCCGCCGCCGACAGAAUCGCCGCCAAGAGGCUCACGCACAGGGACAUUGCGGCGCGCAACUGCUGCAUCACGUCCAAGCUGCAACUCAAGCUGUCGCUCCCCGCCCUCACGCGCGGCCCCCACCAGCACGAAUAUCACAAGCUGCACGACCAGGUGAUCCCGCUGCGCUGGCUGCCGGCGGAGGCGGCGCUCGAGGGAGAGUACUCCACCAAGUCCGACGUGUACAUGUACGCCGCGACCGUGUGGGAGAUCUACACUAAAGCCGAGCUGCCGUUCGUGAAACUGAACGACAAUUCAGUGUUGGAGCGACUGAAGGCCGGCACUCUAGAGUGGACCCCUCCGCCCGACGCGCCCGACAGAUUGGUCGCGUUACUGAAACGUUGCUGGCAAACCUCCCCCGCCGAGCGGCCACAGUUCUCCGAAGUACACGAAGAAGUGACAGCUCUAAUAGCGGAAGAAACCGCCGCAGAAAAACAGGAGGAGAAGGAGGAGUAAACGUCACGUUGACAGCUGGCAGAUGUCAACGUCUUCUACUUCUUUUUGUUUUUGACAACUGACAGUUUUGCCAGUGUUGUCAGGUAAAGAUUGCAAAAUCAAGUCAAAAUGUAAAGAUUUCUGGGCAGGUGUACUAUUUUUAUUCUUGCCAACUUUUUCAGUGACAAAUAAUGAAUUUUUUUAUAUUGU